ACAUCCAAUAACCCCCCCGAGAGCACCACAACCUAAACGAAAAACCCUAGAAGCAGGUCUUCUAGUAUUUCAUAACCUCGGUGCUCACAGCCCUCUCCUCUCCCUCAGCAGUCGCCUCUCUCCGUCGAGUUUUUGCAGAUCUGCCAAAAAUGCCGUUCAAGAGGUACGUCGAGAUUGGGAGAGUGGCUCUUGUCAACUACGGCAAGGAUUACGGCAAGCUCGUCGUUAUUGUCGAUGUCAUCGAUCAAAACAGGGCUCUAGUUGAUGCCCCAGAUAUGGUUAGGAGCCAAAUGAACUUCAAGAGGCUUUCGCUUACUGAUAUCAAGAUUGAGAUCAACAGGGUUCCUAAGAAGAAGGCACUGAUUGAAGCCAUGGAGAAGGCUGAUGUGAAGAAUAAGUGGGAGAACAGUUCAUGGGGCAGGAGGCUCACUGUGCAGAAGCGAAGGGCAUCACUUAAUGAUUUUGAUCGGUUCAAGCUCAUGUUGGCAAAGAUCAAGAAGGCAGGAAUCGUCAGGCAGGAGCUUGCAAGACUCAAAAAGGAAGCAGCCUAAGAUUUGUUCACUUCUGAGUUUUUCAUUAUUUUACAAGUUCCAAACUUCGCAUCAGUUUUAGCAUUUUGGGUUUUCCUUUCUGGCGUUUGAUCAAUUUCCUAGUUAGUGGCAGAAACCAAUUGUUAUGGAUCUUGUUAUGAAAGAACAUUAAUGAUUUUUCUA